UACCAGAAGGAAAAACAAAGGAGAGAAAAAGGCUCAUGGCUGCAAAUGCGAAGGGCCAAACGACUAUCCACAAUUUCUUUUCUUCAAAAAAAUUCUCCCAAGUAAAUCCAGUUAAGAAAGUUAUGAGAAGAUAUAAAAGUCCUCUUGAAUUUAUUACACAGAUGCUCCGAGGUGAUGAAGUCAAAAUUCUCUUCCUGCCAGUUUCACAUUAUGAACUUGAUGCGACAGAAUUCGUUUCUGUGUUUCUUCUCAACGAGAUUGGAAGAAGAUUUGACAUUCAAGAUGAUGAUGACACUAAAGACAAAGUGAUAAAAGCAGUGGAUCGCUUGCCAGAUCAAGUUUGGACCAAAGCUUGUGAUUAUAUCAAAGACGUUGAAAAAAUUUAUUUGGAGGAAAUCCCUGGAAUAAAAAUUAAAAAAGAAGAAACACUUGACAUUAAAAAAGAAAAAACUAAUGAGAAAUUGACAUGUUAA